UCUAAAAGGGUCUGAGUGCUCUGAGCUCACCCAACUACCUUAGGACACUGCAGAGAGCAGGAGGGAGGCAGGCAGAGAGAGGGAGAGAGAGACAGAAAGUGUGAGAGAGAGCGGGAGUGAGAGAGUGAGAAAGAGAGAGAGAAAGAGAGAGCGAGCGAGCGAGAGGGAUCCAAGUCGGCGAUCGCUCUCCCUUUUGCUGCUACAACGGAUCCUUUCCACAUCGACGCUACUGUUAACGUCACGCCUGUAAGCCACGCGCUCACCCAGCGCUCGCCUUCCCUGUCUUGCUCCUCUCCCUAGCCGGACGCUGCAAUAGCGAGGGGGACGCCGAUCACCACGAGGAGAGGAGAAAAAGAAAAAAAAAGAACUGGAAAACAAGAAGAUAAAAGAAACAAGCCGGAGAGAGGAAGGAGAAACUGCGCACCACCCCUCCUCCCUCCAACCCACCUCGAUCAACCCAGCUACAACACCCCCACUCCUCGCAGCACCCCCUUCCAUCCCCCAUCCCACUCCCCCUCUGAAGAAAUUGACGGAUUAUUGGGAAGUGCAAGGGAGGCAGGCUGCAGCUGCUGCUGUGUGUGCUCACUACUGCUGCUGUGUGCUUCACAGGGAUGGUGUGUGUGCGUUUGCAAUUGCUGCUGUCGCCACCGUGGCUGCUGAGGCUGGAGCGUGUGGCUAGUUAAGACGAGGAAAGGCUAAUGAAGGCUGUGCGUGUCGCCUAGUCUUUUCAACCCCUGCCGAGCACUCCUGGAGGAAGAGAAAAAGAAAGAAAAAUCAAGUGGACACGACGCCACAUUGAACGGGGAAGAGAACGAGAAGGGCAGUCAGACUGACCAACCGACCAACUGAUUGACCACUAAAAAGUGAACAGAGGAAUACAGAGAGGAGGGGGGUCUGUUUUUUCCCCCGGCUUGUCAACCUUCCCUCCUAACAAUCGCAAACAAAAGGCAAAGAACAUUUAAAAAAGGACUGUGGAAUUUCAUUCAACCUUCCUCAAUCCCACCCCCACCCACCGCCUUGUUGGUCCUUUUCUGCCUUGGCUUUCGGUGCACAAAAAACUGUGCGUGUUUGUGUGGUCGCCUGUGCUAUGGAGACCUGGGUAAGGUGUCUAUCAGGGGGAUCAACUGUCGGAUUCCAAGGACAAGCAAGAGAAGAGGAGCCGACCGCGAGAAGCGAGCAGGGGAGCAUUGCUGCUUUGGGAGCCUGACUGGAUUCCUAUCUGCAAUCUUUUCCUUUUUUUUAUAAUCAAUAAGGGAGAAAAAAACAUUUUAAAAAGGGCCUUUGAACCUUUCUCUUUGGAUGUUUGGAUUUACAAAAAGGCUCAUCUUGGUUAAGCUCUUUGGCAUUGUCUCCUGUUUUGACUGCAAAUAUAAAAAGGCUUUCUCUGCUGCCUUUUGGGAUAUACACACAUCUGAUGUGAAUACCACAGCUCUUUCUGAUUGCAAACAGGAGGGAAGCUAUAUAACUCAGUUCAAGGACCUGUAAUAAUUACUUGAGGUAGGUGUCUAGUGUUUCAACCCCUCUUUCCAUCAAUUUGUAACCCUCCCUUCUUUCUUGUAAUACAGCUUUUCGUCGCUUAAUUAAUCAUAAUGUCCUUCACAUACACACGUUUCAGAAAAAUAGACCUCUUUUCCCUUCUUUAUCUUUCUGCGCCUGAGCACAGUUAAUGGGAGUAAAAACAUUGCUUGAUUGAGGAAAGGUCAAGCCCUCUUGCCCCUUAGCAAAGCACCCAAAAGCCACAUUCCAUCCUUGCCCUCUUUAGUCCCCUUGACACUACUACUAGCCAGCCAACUAUUUUCCCUGAUCGCCAAAGCCCCCCAAACACCACCCCCAAACACCCCCAUCCUCCCCCCCAGAUGAUGCUGAAUUAUGAACGUGCCACAUCAUGAGUCUCCUGGGGCGGGUAGCUGUGCAUCGUGCCAGGAAAGCCGCCCUGCUCUGUGUAGUCUUCCUGAUGGCGCGAGCGUGGAGCAGCGCCUCCCUGGCCUUGGCGGGGGCGGUGGUGUCUCAGGGACCUCAGGGCUGUCCGCCGCAGUGUUCUUGCAGUAAUCAGCAGGGGAAGGUGGUGUGCACCCGACGUGGCCUCACCCGUGUGCCCCCCGGCAUUCCUGCCAACACGCGACACCUCAAUCUAAUGGAAAACGCCAUUGAGGCGGUGCAGGCUGACUCUUUCCGCCACCUGCACCACCUUGAGGUGCUCCAGCUUGGGCGAAAUGCCAUACGGCAGAUUGAGGUGGGCGCGUUUAAUGGACUAACCAGUCUCAACACACUUGAACUGUUUGACAACCGGUUGACAGUGGUGCCCAGUGGGGCCUUUGAGUAUCUGUCUAAAUUAAGAGAACUGUGGCUGAGGAACAACCCUAUUGAAAGCAUUCCCUCCUACGCCUUCAACCGGGUGCCCUCCCUCAUGCGAUUGGACCUGGGAGAAUUACGGAAACUGGAGUAUAUCUCAGAAGGAGCUUUUGAGGGCCUACAAAAUCUAAAGUACCUCAACCUGGGCAUGUGCAACAUAAGGGGUGAUAUGCCAAACCUGAGUCCUCUCAAGGGCCUUGAGGAGCUGGAGAUAUCUGAAAAUCACUUUCCAGAGAUAAAGCCAGGCUGCUUCAAAGGCCUGCGCUCACUGAAGAAGCUAUGGGUGAUGAACUCUCAAAUCACAGUGAUAGAGCGCAAUGGAUUUGACGACUUAUCUUCAUUGGUGGAGCUUAAUCUUGCCCAUAAUAACCUGAGCGCUGUGCCACAUGAUCUAUUCUCCCCGCUCAGGUACCUGGUGGAGCUGCAUCUCCACCAUAACCCUUGGAACUGCGGCUGCGAGGCUGUUUGGUUAGCACGCUGGCUAAGGGAGAGCAUCCCUACUAACUCAACUUGCUGUGGACGUUGUCACUCACCUGCCAGCAUGAAAGGUCGACAGCUGGUUGAGGUGGACCGAGGUGAGGGCGCUGCAACCCAGUGUUCUGCACCAUUCAUUGCUGAUGCACCAAGGGACUUGAACAUUUCUGCAGGGCGAGUGGCUGAGGUUCGUUGCCGAACAGCCCCGAUGUCUUCGGUGCGCUGGCUCCUACCCAAUGGAACUAUCCUGACACAUGCCUCUAAUCACCCAAGAAUAUCAGUCCUCAAUGAUGGCACCCUUAAUUUCUCAAAUGUCCUCGCAGUUGACACGGGCACUUAUACCUGCAUGGUGUCAAAUGCAGCUGGGAACUCUAACGCCUCUGCAUACCUCAAUGUGAGUGCAGCUGAGCUCAAUACAUCCAACUUGAGUUACUUCACCACAGUGACUGUGGAGGUCUUGGAGCCAACCACUGAAAUGCCCAAAUCUAAAACAACCACAACUGCUGCAGCAGGAGCUGGGGUAGCUGGAGGAGGAGGGGUUGGCCAUGGGACAACAACUACAACUGCCUCUCCUUCAGUCUUUCAGCCAGUCUUUAUCUCCACACCAACUGUGCUGCUGCAGAGUACUGACAGCCCACCAGGUGCAGCUAAGACAUCUGUGGCACCAGGACUACAAGGUGCCAGUGGCAAGACAGGCAAAUCUGGCCCUAGUCUGGAUGAAGUGAUGAGGACCACUAAGAUUAUAAUAGGUUGCUUUGUUGCGGUGACACUGCUGGCUGCUGUCAUGCUCAUCGCCUUCUACAAACUGAGAAAGCGCCACCAGCAGAGGAGCACAGUGGCAGCUGCCAGAACUGUGGAGAUUAUCCAGGUGGAUGAGGAAGACCUUCCUCCGCCAGCAUCUGCAUCUCAAGAGACAGCUCUCACAUUGCCUGAAAUCCGGGACCAUAACAGCAUACACAAACUGGACUUUAUUAGCCACAAGACUGACUACAGCUUUCACAAACCCAAGGCCGAAUACAAACCCCAGCCUGAUUUCACCCUUCACAAGCCGAAAGCGGAGUACACUACAUACAAGCCAAAUAUGGACUUCAGUAGCCACAAAUUCAUCCCAGAUUACAGCACUCACAAAUCAACACCAGAUUUUAGCCUUCAUAGACCAAAGCCUGACUACAGCCAAUAUAGACAGGACUACAGCACUCACAAGCCUAAAACAGACUACAGCCCAAUCAAACCAGAUUAUGGCACUCAUCCCAGACAGAGAACUGACCUCAGCCCAUUCAAACGAGAUUACAGCACCCAACCAAAACCUAAACAUGACUACAGCCCAUUAAAAUCGGACUACAACCCACAACAUAAACCUAAGGCGGAGUACAGUCAAUUCAAGCCAGACUUUGGCACUCAUCCAAGACCUAAACCUGAAUAUAACCCAUAUACACCUGACUAUAGCACUCAACCCAAACCCAAAACAGACUACAGUGCCCAGAGAUCUAAAACUGACAAUACCUUCAAACCUAAGGAUCCUUACUCCUCCCAUAAGACUGGAACUGAUUACAGCGCCUUCAAGACUGACUUCAGCCCCCACAAAGCGGAUUACAGCGCCUUUAGUCCACACACUCAGAGACCUAAACUUGACUAUAGUCCACACAAGAUGGACUACAGCCCCCAUAAAGUGGACUACAGCACUCAAAAGCCCAAAUAUAACACCUACAAACCAACGGGCCAUGGGGCUAAAUGGACAGACAACAAUGUUGGGAACUCUUUGCCUCGAACCAUGCCCAGCACCAUCACAGCAAUGGCUGAGCCCUUUGCCAUAAAAACUCACACCAAGGAGAAGGUGCAGGAGACUCAGAUUUAAAAACGGUCCCCCAAAAGGCUCCCACUCCUUUCCCUAGGUGUCUAUCUCCCACCCAUCCCUAUCACCCCUUUGUCAUUUUAUUCAUAAAAUCAUGCAAUAGAAUGCACAACGAAAAAAGGACAGGAACUACUUUUUUGUACAGAGUGCAAACUUAAAAAGACUGAUGAUUUCUUGUUGUACAUGCUUAUAAAUAAAUAUAUAUAUGGACAAAUUGAAACUACCAUGGGCUGGUGAUAGAGAAACAUAUAUUAAAAAGAAAUUGAAACUAUUUUCUAACUUGUAACUUCUAUUUAAAACAAUGAGUUGUUUAAGAUGCUGUCUUGACUUUGACAAAUGAGGGUAGUGUUGUUUUAAAAAGGGGGCAUUCUGUGUGAUUUUUACACCAUGCUACAGAGAAUGCAGUGAUAAGAAAAAAAAUAUUUAUACCGAGAAGACUUUCUUUAACAAAAACCGAGAAAAGGUCAGUGACGAUCUUUACAGGUUUAUCUUGUAAAAGCACCAAGAAUUUGUACUGUGCCAAAUGUUAUAAAUGCAAUAAAAAGGAUUUUUGGAAGAAAAAAA